GGCCGGGUCGGGGCCAGGCACCGUCAGAUGCGGAUCGCGGGCCACGGUCAAUCCUUCGCAUCAUGCCCUGGCCAUGGAAAGCUGCGACAUCGCACAGCCUCUGAGCGAAGAUGGACAGGCGCCGUCGAACCGCCGUGGUCUUCUUUGGCACCUCCGCUUCCGCUGCAUGCGCUGCUCGCCUUGGCGCCGGUACAUCCCGGUGCUUUGCCUGUCCCUUUGCUUCCUGUUCGUCAUGUCCCUGUGGCUCUCUUCUUCUGGUCCGGUACCUGUGGUGCCCGUGGCACCAACCAACGCCACGAACACGAGCACCACGACCACGAGCACCACGACGGCGGGAUGCCAAGGCGCUGAUGUCUCCAAGCUCACGGGGGCUGCAGCAUGUUUCUGCCUUUAUGGCGGAAGGUGCUUGGAGCAUUUCCACUGCGGAGCGUCGCUGCCGAGCUGUCAAGAGUCGCACUGUGGUGAACAGACACUGGAGAGGACGGCCUCAACGGCGUCCUUCUACAACAUCCGGCACAAGACGGAUGUGUUGAGCAUCCCAGUGGAGUCCUUCCGAGAUAUCAAACGACUUGCAGAUGCAUGUCCCUUCGAUGCGCUGGAGCAGAUGACCGCCUUGGUGUCGGCGGGACGCCGCGUCUUCCAGAAAUUCAUUGGUGGAGCACCAGUUUGGCAAUGCGUGCAUUUGUACCCUUACGUCAGCGUUCCCUGGCUGCACCUGCACACCUUCCGCGGCAGCGUCCCAGAGGAGCAUUUGCCCAACAGCCCUCCCCACGCCGCCUGUGUGGCAGCUGAGGGCACGGCCGGCGAGGCCGCAGCGGCGUUGCUUGCGCUGGCAAGGUGAUGAUCUGGUUAUGAUGGCAAGGGUGCAUUCACAGAUUCAGAUGUAUGUUCCUUUGUGGAUUGCCCAUGGUGAUUGCAAUGUUUCGACAAAAGGACUACACCCCUGGAAUGUUGCGAUGUUGCGAUGGCCGGUGCUGAAAAAGUCGCCGUGCAAACCCGCUUUUGUGGCCGUGGUUCUCUCCAUCCACGGAUUGGGUGACAUGUGUGUGCAAAGAUCACACUGACGACACGUCCAAUCAGCUGCAAAAGAAUGCGCUUGAGAUUGCUUGAGGUGAGAUUGCGAGGUCGCGCGAGUUUUCAGCAGUGUUUCUCACAUUGGGAUGCCUGGGAUUGUCCAC